CAUCAAUGCGGUUGAUGUUCUGCCAGUGACGGUGAGGCGUCGCUGAAGGACGAGCUUCAAGCUCGUCAUGCAUGCGCCAGUAGGAAGAACAACUGAACUUAGGGACAGAGUCUAUUCACAAAGUCGAUUCACUACUCGAUGUGCUUCCUAGGUCCUGCGGCUUGCUGCCUGUGAUCCCCUGCCCGGCCGAGUUCAAGAGAAGCCAUGAAGGCCACGAUGGCCACGAUCGAGCCGAUGGAUCUUGCACCGCGCUCCUCGUCAUGGCGCUUGUAGAUUCACAUCAACGGGUUAGUCUGCUGCAUCCAAUGACCAAGUCCGAGUCUUGCCCGAUGCAACGGCGUGGCCACGGCGUCGGACUUGGCCGACAAGAACGAACUAGACGAUGAAGAGCAACUCGUGGCGGCUUGGGUCAAAGGCAUGCACGAGGCCGAGAGCUGUCGGUUGACGCAGACUACAACCAAGGCUGUGCUGCUGUGUCAUGAACUUGGUGGUCGUUCAGGAGGACGGAAGCGUUGUGCUCAAUCGCGUUCAUGUGGCAUGCGGUUCUCCAUGGACCAGAUCGAACAGGUCCUCAUCGCCCGUGACACACUAGCUACAUUUGUGUACGUGAACGCGGUCGAGACCAAGUAUCGUUGGACGCCGCCAUCAUGGCGCUCGCCAUGCCAUUUGACGACAAUACCCUGGUCGCGUUUGGCUUGGCUCUGUCCUCCCGACUCGGUCCGAACAGUCAUGGCUGAUGAGCGCCUUGUUUGCCAUUGUGGUCACUGCCGCGUGAGAGUUUGGCUUGGAAACCCCAGUGGAGAUCCCGGGCGUGUCCAGGCAAUGCUCGUCGGGAUGUUGGUGCAAACGUGCGGAGUUGCAGCCUUGAUGCUCACGCGGCGUAACUGGUAGGUGUGCAUGCCAAAGCAGAACGAUUCGGAAAUUGCAGUGCCUAGUGUAUGCUCAGCAUAUCGUGUGCCUCACCGUUCGUGCCGAGCUCAACUCCGCCGCAAAACACACGACAUGUGCCAAGAAGCUUCGCGAGUGACUCGUGGGCAAGGAUGACAUGGAGAACAUCGGUCUCGCCAUGAACAUCAAGCAACCCAUCCAGGCGAACGAAAUCGAACGCAUGUAUUAGGUUGAGAUCGCCAGCGGAUCCAACUGCAUCACAGUCGACGACAUGAUCGACACGGCCGGGGCGGUGGGCAAGACGCCGCAGCUCCUGUCCGACCGAGGUUGGGCGCUUAUUGAACAUCAUCCACGAUAUUGUCUCGUCCGACUUGAUCACGACCUGGACAGCGUUGCGAGAAAUCCAUGCAGCGAGUACACUAACAUGCAGAUGGCGCCGACAGUAUGGAAGUGAGGCAUAAGACAUCGCUCUCUCAAUGACGCAUCAACGACUGUCCGCGUCAAGAUCCUUUGACGUUUGUGACGCGGACGUCAAAGGACAC